AUGCCAAAUUGUCUCAAAUAUGAAGAAAGAGAUAAAUACAUAAAAUAUUAUAUGUUACCGAAUAAAAGCAACCAGAGUGAUGACACACAUUCUAAAGGAUUAGAAAUUUGUCAAAUUACUACACUCGAUCAGAAUAAAGCUGAUUGUUUGAUAAUAAUGAGAAUGUCUUUAAGAAUUUCUGGUGUUAAAACACUUAUAAAAGACUUUGCUAGAGCAGUUCAUGGUCGUAAAGGUUAUGUGAUAUUGGUAAAUACUACAGAUAUUGUUACUAAAGAAUGGAAUGAGUUUAUUGACUAUCAAAUAGAAGGUACCUGUAAUGAGUGGGUUAAUCUUGUUGAUAUAGAAUUAUUAGAAAUCAAAAAAAUAACAUCAAAAAAUAAAUUAAAAAAUAAAAGUAAUUUAGAUAAUACAAGUGACAAAAAACAAGUAGGAAAAAAAAGAAAAACAGAGUAA